CUUUUAUUUGAGUAAUUAUAUAGUCUUUUAAUGGUUGGAAGUAUGGCACGUUCCGGUCUCUUGUCUAUGAAGCAAACCGCACUAACUGGAUCAGCUCUCCGGCUCCCACCUCUCCCAAGUCCAAGAGAUCUCAUCAAGCUCUACAAGCUUCGUGCAAGGAAACAACUCUCUCAGAAUUUCCUCUUGGAUACUAGAAUCACUGAUAAAUUUGCCAAGUCUGCAGGGAAAAUUGAAGGAGCUGAUGUUUGUGAGGUUGGUCCUGGCCCUGGUAGCAUUACAAGAUCUAUUCUGAAACGUCAUCCUGGGCGACUGAUUGUUAUUGAAAAAGAUCCAAGGUUUCUCCCAUUUUUACAGAUGCUGGAAGAAGCCUCUCAAAGUAGAAUGAAUGUGGUUGUAGGAGAUGUGUUGUCCUUAGACAUGAGUAAAAUGUUCAGAGAAUCCUUACGCUUAUCAUGGGAAGACACUUGUCCAGAUAUUCAUCUUAUAGGAAAUCUUCCCUUCAGUGUGUCAACACCUUUGAUUAUUCGAUGGCUAAGAGAUAUUUCUUUAAAGCAAAAUGCUUGGUCAUAUGGACGAGUAAGAAUGACACUCACAUUUCAAAAGGAAGUUGCUGAAAGAACAGUAGCUGAAGCUAAUGGUAGACAGCGUUGUAGAUUAUCAGUCAUGUGUCAGAACUGGUGCGAUGUCAAACAUUUAUACAAUAUACCUGGGUCUGCGUUUGUUCCACCUCCUGAGGUUGAUGUUGGUGUUGUCACAUUUCGGCCAAAAAUUGAACCGACAAUUAAAGGAGACUUUCAUCUUAUAGAAAAAGUAGUCAGACAAAUGACAUGUUUUCGUCAAAAAUACUGCAUAACCUGUGCUGGGACUCUUUUUCCUGAACACCUUCGUAAGCAACUGAGCCACAAAAUGUUGGAUAUAGCAGAGGUCAAUCCAGAAACAAGAGCCUUCCAGUUGACUAUGGAUGAGUUUCAACGUUUGGUGAUGGCUUAUGAGCAUUUAUGUAGUGAUCAACCUAAGCUAUUCAAAUACAAAUUUUCUUCAAAUGUGGAUGAAGAUGUCUGGAUGGAGGAUGAAGAUGCUACCACAUUCACAAGCACCAGUAAUAAGGAAGGUCUGGCAGCUGAUGGUUUCAGUGACAAGGAUGUUGAGCCAAAAGUGUAAGAUCUUGCACCUGUUAAAUAAAAUUCAUUACUAAAUAUGAA